GAAAUUUCUCAGAGAUGAUCUAACAUCUGAUUCGCAUAUUUAAAAACCUCCAAUUUUGUGAAAAUGUACAAUGUACAGCCAUUGCUGAUCAAACAGACCAAUCAAUCAAUCAGAAUAGAUCUGGAAAGGACCUUGGAGGCCUUCUAGCGCAAGGCUUAGAAAUACAUGUAGAAAGCCAGUUGGCGCUGAUGUCCUAGGCACUCCUCCUGUUUUAUCUGCAAAAUACAGCAUAUCCGCUAUGGUAACCGAGGACUACAUCGACAAAUUUCCUGCUGCAAAUAGAUAGUGUAUAUUUUUUUAAAAAAAUCCGAUACGCAAGAUAAAAUGCAGAAGAGCAAAGCAACCAGCCUCAAUACUUCCUCCCAUCCUCUCGAGGGCGCUGUCGACCGAGGGAAAGCAGAACCAAUUCCGCAGGAUAAAACUACAUUCGAUGGUCAUCCUGAGCCUUUCCUGCAGUCCGAUCCAACCUCUCUUGCCCGCCGAUGGAUGGGAGGAGAGUCUUGCUUCUGCGUAAAGAUGGCGGCAGUGAGGAGGAGUCUUUUGCAGAGUGAGCAGCUUUCAAGCUGGACAGAUGAUUUGCCGCUCUGUCAGCUCUCUGGUGUGGGUUCAGCUUCUAAUCGUUCCUACACUACUGAUGGAAAAGGCACUGAAAUUCAUCCCUUAGAGGAUAACUGGUUGAAAUUCAGAAGUGAGAAUAAUUGCUACCUCUAUGGAGUCUUUAAUGGUUAUGAUGGUAACCGAAUCACAAACUUUGUGGGAGAGCGGCUUUCUGCAGAACUCCUGUUGGGCCAGCUGAAUGCAGAGCAGGAUGAGGCAGAGGUGCGCAGAAUCCUGUUGCAGGCCUUUGAUGUGGUAGAAAGAAGUUUCUUGGAGUCCAUUGAUGAUGCAUUGGCAGAAAAAGCCAGCCUCCAAUCCCAGUUACCAGAGGGGGUUCCCCAUCACCAGCUGCCUCCUCAGUACCAGAAAAUUUUGGAGAGGUUGAGAUCCGUAGAAAAGGAAAUUUCUGGAGGAGCCAUGGCCAUUGUGGCAGUGAUUCUUAACAACAAACUUUAUAUCGCUAAUGUAGGAACAAACCGUGCACUUUUGUGCAAAUCUACCAUGGAUGGAUUGCAGGUGACACAGCUCAAUAUGGACCACACUACCGAGAAUGAAGAUGAAUUAUUCCGCUUUUCACAACUGGGUUUAGAUGCAGCAAAAAUAAAACAAGUAGGAACCAUAGGUGGGCAAGAAAGUACUCGGCGUAUUGGAGAUUAUAAGGUCAAAUAUGGCUAUAGUGAUAUUGAAUUUCUUAGUGCUGCAAAAUCUAAGCCCAUCAUAGCAGAGCCUGAAAUCCAUGGCGGGCAUCCAUUAGAUGGCGUCACAGGCUUUCUUGUGCUCAUGUCAGAAGGACUGUACAAAGCUCUAGAAGCUGCUCAUGGACCUGGACAAGCCAAUCAGGAAAUUGCAGCCAUGAUUGCCACAGAGUUUGCCAAACAAACCUCAUUGGAUUCUGUAGCUCAAGCAGUUGUGGAUCGAGUUAAGCGUAUUCACUGUGAUACCUAUGCCAGUGGUGGUGAACGGUCCAAAUUCUGCUCUCGGCAUGAAGACAUGACAGUCCUAGUAAGAAAUUUUGGGUACCCACUAGGGGAGAUGAGCCAGCCCACACUGACUCCAACACAAGGUGGUCGUGUCUAUCCUGUGUCAGUGCCAUAUUCUAGUACUCAGAGCACAAGCAAGACCAGUGUGACUUUAUCACUUGUCAUGCCUUCCCAAGGCCAGAUGGUCAAUGGUGCCCACAGUAGCUCUACACUGGAUGAAGCCACACCCACACUUACCAAUCAAAGUCCUACUAUGACUCUUCAGUCUACUAACACUCAUACCCAGAGUAGCAGCUCAAGCUCAGAUGGAGGCCUUUUCCGUUCUCGUCCUUCUCAUUCUCUCAGGCCGGAUGAAGAUGGGCGCGUUGAAUCCUAUGUAGACUUUGCAGAGUUUUACCGCCUUUGGAAUAUGGACCACAGUGAACAGGGGACACUCAUUGUGUAAUAAUGCACAGAGACUAACCCCUGUGAAGUCCCACCAGAUAGUAGGUUGCAAUUCAUCUCUUGGUUGACAACAUUUUUCUACAAAGCAUGAUCUUUUGGAGAUUUUGGGACAAAUUGCUAAUGUGAUUGUUCUCAUCAACUUGUCAAGCAUAUUUACGUAUAUUAAAUUCUUUUCUAAUGUCUCUUCCACUGUGAAAUCUUGUGGCAUUAGAGAGAGUUGCAAACCCGUACUGCAUGGCUAUAGAAGAAGAAUAGUCAGCAGCCAAACUUCUCUUAUGGAUAAGUAUCUGUCAAGAGUGUUUGUAUGUAUAUAUCUAUGUGUGCCCGUGUUGUUGAAGGGAUAAAUCUGGGAAUACUUAUAAUAUGAAAGAUACCUCUGAUUUGCAAAAUAAACGAUAACUUAUAGUUA